CUUCCGUUGGCUUUAAGACAAUACAAGAAGACGACCAAAACGCUCUGUGCAAAGUUUUAUUCGUAUAAGUAUAAACACUUACAGAUUUUAUAAAGACUGUUUAAUUAUUUUUUUUAAAUAUUUGUGAGUGCAUUUCGGAAAGCAGCUCAACAGCCCACAACGAUUGUUUUAAAGAUUUCGCAACAUAACAUAAUCUGAUUAAUUGCAACCGCAAACAACAAACUGAAGCAACAGCGUAUUAACUCAUUAUUAUACAUACAUACAUAUGUACAUGUACAUAUAGCCGCAAUAUUUGGACGAGUACAUUUUUUGGGACAGCUAACGAGAUCUCCACAAAAUGGCAUAUCUAGAAGGUGAUCACAACACCCAAGGGACAUUGGACCUAAUAAUUAAAUCGCUGAAGUCACCAAAAAUGAUAUGUGAGGGCAUACAUUUUGAUAGAAAGAUACCGCAUACAUUUGUAAUAUUUGGCGCCUCGGGUGAUUUGGCCAAGAAGAAAAUCUAUCCCACACUAUGGUGGCUCUAUCGUGACGACCUCCUGCCAAAGCCCACCAAAUUUUGCGGCUAUGCCCGUUCUAAGCUAACUAUCGAAAAAUUAAAGGAAAACUGCAAGCAAUAUAUGAAGGUACAAGCGCACGAAGUGGACAAAUAUGAUGAGUUCUGGGAUCUUAAUGAAUAUGUGGCUGGCAAUUAUGAUGGACGGACAGGAUUUGAAUUGCUUAACCAACAGCUGGAACUGAUGGAGAACAAAAAUCGGGCUAAUCGCAUAUUCUACUUGGCGCUGCCCCCAAGCGUUUUUGAUGAGGUGACGGUGAACAUCAAAAAUAUCUGCAUGUCGACUUGCGGCUGGAAUCGCGUCAUUGUGGAGAAACCCUUUGGGCGAGACGAUGUCUCGUCAAAGGCAUUGAGCGAUCAUUUAGCAGGACUUUUCAGCGAAGAGCAGCUCUAUCGCAUUGAUCACUAUUUGGGCAAGGAAAUGGUACAGAAUCUGAUGACAAUACGCUUUGGCAACAAGAUACUCAGCUCGACAUGGAAUCGUGAGAAUAUCGCUUCCGUUCUGAUCACAUUCAAGGAGCCCUUUGGCACACAGGGCCGUGGCGGCUACUUUGAUGAGUUUGGCAUCAUAAGAGAUGUCAUGCAGAAUCAUCUGCUGCAGAUUCUCUCACUGGUGGCCAUGGAGAAGCCGGUCAGCUGCCAUCCCGACGACAUACGCGACGAGAAGGUGAAGGUCUUGAAGAGUAUUGCGGCGCUCGAGCUCAAGGAUAUGGUGCUGGGCCAGUAUGUGGGCAAUCCGCAGGGGCGCACCGAGGAUGAGCGAACUGGCUACCUAGAGGAUGAAACGGUUGACAAAAACUCUACCACGCCCACCUAUGCCUUGGCCGUGUUGCACAUCAACAAUGAGCGCUGGCAGGAUGUGCCUUUCAUUCUACGCUGCGGUAAGGCGCUAAACGAUAGAAAAGCCGAGGUUCGCAUUCAGUACCACGAUGUUCCGGGCGACAUCUUUGAGGGAAACUCGAAGCGCAAUGAGUUGGUAAUACGAGUACAGCCAGGGGAGGCGCUCUACUUCAAGAUGAUGACCAAAACUCCCGGCAUCACUUUCGAUAUUGAGGAAACUGAAUUGGAUUUGACAUAUGAGCAUCGAUAUAGGGGCUUCUAUUUGCCGGAUGCCUACGAGCGCCUAAUAUUGGACGUCUUUUGUGGCUCCCAGAUGCAUUUUGUACGCUCCGAUGAGUUGUGUGAGGCGUGGCGCAUCUUCACGCCCAUUUUACACAGAAUCGAAAAGGAACGCAUUAAACCAAUUCCCUAUUUGUAUGGAUCGCGUGGUCCCAAGGAGGCGAACCGCAAGUGCGAGGAGAACAACUUUAAAUAUUAUGGCUCCUACAAAUGGCAUGGCAACAGAAGCACCUCGAGUUGAGGGAUUUCUUGGGGUACAGGAGAACUGGAGUACUGGGGGCGCAUGUUUGGGGUUAAUUGGGGUUCAGUUAUCAACUGUGUGGGGUUGAUGGCGUGUGAAUAAUGUUAAAAUAUCGUUUAAAAUACAUACAUACGUUGUAUGUAUAAUUCUGGUUUGUACAGCUUCUUGUUAUUACUAUACACAAUAGAAUCUAUAAAUAUAUAAAAAAUUCAACUUAUUUUCAACGUA